CUCACUUCCCUCCUGUUAAUCCUUCAUAGCGGCGCACAGUAAAGAAGCAGCGGCGGAAGCUAACAAAGCACUACUUGGGCUUCAUUUGAGUAGAUUUUUAACUAAUAACUUGCUAUGGCAGCAAUCAGGAAAAAGCUGGUCAUAGUGGGAGAUGGAGCCUGUGGGAAGACCUGUUUGCUCAUUGUGUUCAGUAAGGACCAGUUUCCAGAAGUCUACGUGCCCACAGUGUUUGAGAACUAUGUUGCUGACAUUGAAGUCGACAGCAAACAGGUCGAGUUAGCACUCUGGGAUACAGCAGGUCAAGAGGACUAUGACAGACUGCGCCCGCUCUCCUAUCCAGACACUGAUGUCAUUCUCAUGUGUUUCUCCAUUGACAGCCCUGACAGUCUUGAGAACAUCCCUGAGAAGUGGACCCCUGAAGUGAAACACUUCUGCCCUAAUGUUCCCAUUAUACUAGUGGGAAACAAAAAGGAUCUGCGUAAUGAUGAGCACACUCGGAGGGAACUUGCCAAAAUGAAGCAGGAACCCGUUAAACCUGAGGAUGGGCGGGACAUGGCUAACAGGAUUGGUGCCUUUGGAUACAUGGAGUGCUCUGCAAAAACAAAGGAUGGUGUGAGGGAAGUAUUCGAGAUGGCUACCAGGGCUGCACUACAGGCCAGGCGGGGAAAGAAGAGUAAUAAAUGCGUCCUACUGUAAAAGGAGGCAUGAGGACUGCUUCCUGGAGGGGGAAAGAAGGAGAAUUAGGUCAAACCUACCCCCAACAAACCCACCCAAAAGACUGUUCUCCCCAGUUUUUACUAAAGGUGUAAUGCUUUUACUUUUCUUUUAUUUCUUUAUUUCUUUUUGGUCUUAAGCAAAACUAGUCAGGUUCUGUCAGUAUUCAACUUUGAAGUUAUGGAAAAUACUUUUUUUGUACUUAAACAUAAGUAAAUUUGCCAUAAUAAUCAAACCUCCUUUAUCCACACGUUCUAUGUAAUCAAAAAGGUCAGCGGGGGAACCGUGGUGUCAGCCUGCCAACUGCAGUUAAGUGCUUAAGCCCUGCGAGCUGAUCAGAGGAAUGUUUCCACAGCCAACUAGGGUUGAAGUACCUGCUCACUGUGACCCGUAGUCCUUUAAUUAUUGACAAACUCGUGCACACAAAGUCAAAAUUUGUUUGUGUUCUUCAUAAACAAAUCUGCAUUAUGAUCACAUGCACAAUGCGAGACUGGAAAAUCUUUUUGCUAAAAUGCAAAUGGAAACUUAGUGUUUUGUGUAAUAAAUUACUUUGUAAGAAUCUG